GUUCAAAUUUUGCACAUUCUUGGCGCAGCUUUUCCGUUUGGGUUUAUCAUGAUUCAUGAACUCUGAAAAUAUCAUUUCGAAACGAAUUGGAUUUCGUUACAAGAAUCAUGAAUGCUCAAGCUCAUCUUCUCAAACGCUGCCCUGUUGGAGUUCUUCGCAUCCACUACAUUCAGCCAUUUUCUUCGAUCCCUUUGCCAAAUUCUGUUUCCGAUAUCGAUUCCCACUUAAUUUCCCUCUGCAAAAAUCUGACUCCACGAAACGCCAACGAGGCGCUUUCUGUCUUUCACAAUGCCAUCGCUUCUAAUUCUCUUCCUUCUGGAUUAACCUGCAACGCACUCAUGGCUGCUCUCACGAGGACGAGAAAUUACGAAAUGGCUUUAUCUGUCUAUGGUAAGAUGAGUUUUGAAAAUGUGUUCGUAGGUUUCAGAUCACUUUGUUGUUUAAUCGAAUGCUUUGUUUAUACUCGUGGGGUGAAAUUUGCCUUUGGGGUUGUGGGAUUGAUUAUCAAGCAGGGUUAUAUUGUUAGUACAUUUGUUUUCAAUGUUAUGCUGACGGGAUUGUGUCGAAUUGGUGAUGUGGAGAGAGCAACGGAGUUGUUUCAUGAAAUGAAAAGGUUUUGUGUAUUACCAGAUGUGAUUAGUUAUAAUGUGCUAAUGAAUGGACUCUGCAAGAAUGAGAAAUUUGAAGAAGCGCUUCGAUUUCUCGAAGAAAUGGAGGCGAUAUGCCAGCCAAAUAUGGUGACAUAUACAACCAUGGUGGAUGGGCUUUGUAAGGGUGGAAGAUUAGAUAUAGCUGAGGGUGUAUUGGACAGAAUGAAGAAGAAGGGAUUGCAGGGGGAUGUUGUUAUGUAUAGUGCUGUUAUAAGUGGUUUUUGUAACAAUGGGAAUUUCUCUAGGGGAAAAGAACUCUUCAAUGAGAUGCUAGAGAUGGGAAUUUGUCCUAAUGUAGUUACAUAUAGUUGUUUGAUGCAUGGUUUAUGUAAGGAAGGGCAAUGGGAAGAAGCGAAGGCAAUGUUGAAUCAUAUGACAGACCGUGAUAUUUGUCCCGACGUUGUCACUUAUACAUGCUUGAUUGACGGGCUUUGCAAAAACGGGAGAGCUAAGCAAGCGUUGAACAUAUUAAAUCUGAUGCUCGAGAAAGGUGAAGAACCUAAUACUAUCACUUAUAAUGUUUUGAUAGAUGGUUUGUGCAAAGGGGGACUAAUAGAGGAGUCCUGUAAAAUCUUGGAUAUGAUGAUAGAGAAGGGGAAGAAGCCUGAUAUUAUUACUUAUAACACUUUGCUCCUAGGACUUUGCAAGGAUGGGAAGGUUGAUGAAGGAAUUAAACUUUUUAAUUUGACAUUGAAGGAUAAAUGCUAUGUUAGCCCUAAUGUUGUGACGUUUAAUAUGCUGAUUCAAGGGCUCUGUAAUGAAGGUCGUGUUGAGGAGGCCGUGGAGGUCUAUAAUACAAUGAGUGAACAUGGAAUAGCUGGGAACUUGAUGACUUUCAAUUUUCUAAUCGGAGGUUAUCUCGAAGCGGGAAUGAUCGACAAGACUAUGGAAACAUGGAAGCGUGUAAUAAACUCGGGAUUUGCUCCUAAUUCAAUUACCUUCAGCAUAAUGAUUAAAGGACUUUGUGGCUUGGGUAUGACUAGCAUGGCUAAAGGACUUUUUGGUAGAAUGAAUACACACGGGCCUAGUCCAACCGUGAUUGAUUACAAUACAUUGAUUUCAUCCAUGUGCAAGGAAGGGAGUUUAGACCAAGCUAAGAGUUUGUUUCAAGAGAUGAGUAAUGUAAAUCUAGAACCGGAUAUUGUUACAUUCAAUACCAUAAUCAAUGGGUCUCUAAAAGCCGGGGAUUUGUCAUAUUCCAAAGAACGACUAAUGGACAUGAUUGGAAAAGGCUUAGCUCCAGAUGCUUUGACAUUUUCAACGUUAAUCAAUCGAUUAUCGAAAAUUGGUCAGAUGUGUGAAGCUAAGAUUGUUUUUGAGAAAAUGAUUGCUUGUGGUUUGACUCCGGAUGCGUUCGUAUAUGACUCCUUACUAAAGGGAUUUAGUUUGAAUGGUGAAACUAAAGAAAUUAUUGACGUGAUCCACCAAAUGUCCGAAAAGGGUGUCACUCUUGACCAAGAAUUAACUUGCACCAUCUUAACAUGCCUUUGCCAGAGUUCAGAUCUUCCUGAUAUCUUGGAGUCUUUGCAAAAAUUUUCCCAUCCAACGUCAGAUGGAAACCAAAUGACAUGCCGUGAAUUGUUAGUGAGCCUCGAGAAAUCUUAUCCAGAGCUUAAGUUAGCAGUCGAAAAUUGCAAUAAUGGCCCGAGAUAAUUCCUGUUCUAAGCGAGUUCUUUCUUCUUGCUAUUCCUUGUUCUCAAGGUUCACCUCCCAGGAUUCUUUUUCAAAUUUGCAGUUCAGCGGGGAUGUGCUCAUGGUGCUACUAAAGCAUGGUGGACUGAUGGGAGUGAGCGUGGUUCAACGGUGGAUUGCUUUGACAUUGACGGAGAUGACCUACAGUAUGGAGCCUUCCAUAUAUCUAUAGGAAUGGAAGAAUAUAUUCAGUUCUACUUCUAUCAGCACUCUUCUGGGGAGAGUUCCGUUGCUCGCCUUAUAUGAGCAUCUCAUGAGAUAGGCUAUAUUGUGGAAAGGUCCCAUCUACUUACCCGGUUGAAAAUAUUCGUCAUAGUUCAAGCUUACUGCUAGCACAUAUUGUCCUCUUUUAACUUUUCCUUUCGGAUUCUUCCCAAAAUUUUAAAAUGUGUCUACUAUGGAGAGGGUCUAGUACUACUCUGACUAGUGGCUCGCACCAUCCAGUGACUCGCUUUGGUACCAUUUAAAACCUCGAGAGGAAGCCCUUGAACGGAGAGUCCAAAGAGGACAAUAUUUGUUACCGGUGAGCUUGAGUUAUUACAAACGGUACAAGAGAGCUAGCGGUAAACUUAGAAACGGUUAAAGGUGAUCAAUGCUUUCUACUUUCUUUUCAGAAGGGAGAUGAAAAACUCGGAGUUGCUUAUACAUUUACUUUUACAUGAAUUGCUCAAGCAUGAAAAUUGGCUUGAUUGUCUGGAAGGAAGCAGCUUGACAAGGGUUGAUAGAGAUUUUGAUCGACCUGUUUUAACCUCUCGUGUUGCAUCGAGGGAAUGAACUUGAGGUCUGUUUG